AUGACAAAGGAGGCUCAGGUCCGGGAUGGACCUGAAUCAUGGACCGAGGAGGCCCAGGUCAAAGCCCAGUCUUCCCUCAACCUAAUUUCCAUCAUAUGCUCAGACACGGAGCCUCUGGUGCGUUCAUGGUGGAACAGAGCAGACACUACAGACCUGUCAGACCCUCAGUCCCUGAAACAUCUGGCAAAAGGUUGUUUGGAGAUGAUCGACGCAGUCUCAGAGCAGAUCCUUAACACUUUAACUACAUAUGUGUUAGCCGGGAGUGAGCGAGAGCGCCCUCUGCUGCUGUUAGAAGAAGAUGUGAGCAGAGCCCUGCUGCAGACCCUGAAGGAGAGCUUUACAGCUGCACUCAGCACACACACACAUCCGUCCAUGGACCAGCUGCUCACACUGCUGACUGAUGAAGUGACCAACAACGUGAACUCUGCUCUGGGCACCAGCACAGUGCAGGACAGGGGUCUGCUAGUUUCUCAGGACAGAACAUAUAGGACACCCAAGGACAAACUCAAAGCUAUGGUUCGUCACAUCAAAAAAAUGCUGCGCUCUGUCAAGGAGAAAACAGACUGCUGUUUCAUCCCUCAACACACCAUUUCUCAAACCAGGGGUCAAGACCAGACUGGGACCAGCAAACAAUGCUCUGUCAAAGAGCAUCUGAGGAAGAUAUGCGUCCCCUGCGGCCCUCGCGUGCAAGAUGCAGAAGAAGAGGUUUUAGCGUCCUCUGAAACGCCCUCAUCCAGAACACAAGAAAAACACGCGUUAAAUGCUAGAAAGACUGUGUCAGAACGUUUCUCGUCUCCCACAGGUCAGAGAGAGUCAAACAGCCUUUUGGAGUCCAACCAGGACCAGGUCAAUGAUGACCAAACUUUUCUGCCUGGACAAGAUAUCUUUCUUGUGAGAUCUCCAUCCACACUCCAGAAAGAUGUCCAAGAAAUCCUCGAGAAGGCGGCCCAAGAGCUGAGUGGAGAUAGCAGCAGCCUGAUCCAUGACAGCAAAAAAUCCGCAGCCUCUAUCGUCCGCACCAUCUCAGAAGAAUCAGUGGAUCCAACACCAGUGCCAGGACACUCUGGCACCAAGCUGCCCUGGUUACACAAAGUGACACAGGAGCUUAAGUCCUUCUUUCUCAUGUGCUUUUCGAAAGCAGCCAUCUGCAGAUGCCUGAGGAGGCUAUACUGCUUGUGUGGUCACUCUCCGCCUUCGAGCAGCGAGGUUCAGAAUUUGACAAAUGAAGCGCUCAGAUUUCUGAUGCAAGAACCCUCAAACCAGGACGUCUAUGAGAGCACAAUCUCUGGGCUGAACGACGCCAUGGCCAUGGGCGAUGGGCUCAGUGAGGAGAGCUGGUCGAGUUGGGAGCUGUCUGAGUCCCUCACCAGAUCCCUGCAGCCUUGGAUGCAAAACCUGGUAUUAAGAAGAGCUGCUCAUGAACAAGUGAGGUCCCUGAUCUGUGAUAUCUAUAACUGGCUUCAGCGUCAAUUCCACACCUUGGCCAUCGACAACCCCGUCCUGAGGGCUUUGAGGAAGAUUCGCAAACUGGUCAUCAGAACCCAUUCUCAACCCACCGUUUCCACUGAAGAAGAGUCACUGUCCUCUGUAAAUGUAGAACCAGCCGAAAGUUCCGGAUCGGAAGACUUUGACAGUUCAGCAGCGGUCGACAUGAGGCUCAGCACACAGUGGAAUGAAGACGACUGCAACGGUCUGGUUUGUGAAGUGGUGAAGAGGAUUUUCCAAAAUAAAGAUCCUCCAGAGAGAAUCACACUGGCGCAAUGUCUGUUCGACGAGCUCAACGCUGAAAUCCAGAACUGGGACGUCCAAGUGCAGCCUUGUCGACAGAACUUUAAGAACACAGCAAAAUGUGUUUAUAAGGACCUGAUUCAUGGGAUAGAGAAGGACUAUGUGACCCAGGCUGUGUGCAUCGUACCCGGAUACAUCGAUACCAUCUUGAACAGCAUUCACCAGCACCUGACUGAGCCUCAACAGAAGAGGUCAAAGCUGAGAGCCCUCUGCAUCGUACCCGGAUACAUCGGCACCAUCUUGAACAGCAUUCACAAGCACCUGACUGAGCCUCAAAAGAAGAAGUCAUUGUGGAGAGCCUUCUGCUGUUGGAGAUAA